AUGAGUCAUCCUCAUGUGGACCGCUACGCAAGCUUGAAGCUUGUCUAUGGAAAUGAUUUGAUUGAAUUUGUGAGAGAGAAUAAAGUGUUGGUGGUAGGAGCUGGUGGAAUCGGGUGUGAGUUGCUGAAAAAUUUGGUUCUUUCGGGAUUUGAGAAUAUUGAGAUUAUUGAUUUGGAUACUAUUGAUAUUAGUAACUUAAAUAGACAAUUUCUUUUCAGACAAAGGCACGUCGGAGAAUCGAAAGCAAAAAUUGCAAAAGAAACAGCUCUAACUUUUAAUCCAAAAUGUAAUAUUGUUGCUCAUCACGGUAACAUUAAACAAAGUGCCUAUGGAUUGGAUUUCUUCAAGCAAUUCAAGCUGGUAAUCAACGCGCUUGAUAAUGUUGAUGCAAGAAGACAUGUAAACAGAUUAUGUCUAGCGGCUAAUAUUCCCAUGUUGGAUGGUGGUACUGCAGGAUAUUUGGGACAAGUGAAAUCCUAUCAAAAAGGAUUCACCGAAUGUUAUGAAUGCAAAGGAAAUAGAAAUACAGAAAAAACAUAUGCUGUAUGCACCAUUCGUUCCAAUCCAUCUAAAAUGAUCCAUUGUGUGGUAUGGGCUAAAUUAUUAUUUGAUCGGCUCUUUGGUAAAAUUAGUGACAGCAAUGAAAUUUCAACUGGAUUUGAGGAAAUUUUGAAGGCAACAGAAGAUUUCCCACAACGGGUUUUUGACAAAGUUUUUGUGCACGAUAUUCGAGAAUUAUCACAAAUGAAAAAUAAGGAAGUGUGGAAUACUGGAAAGCCGCCUGAACCGCUCACCGACGAAUAUUUGAAAAUCCUUAGACAAAAUAAUCCCAAUGCUGAGAAGCGAGCUGGAGUUAAGGAUCAAAUUAUUUGGACACCUGAUGAAUGUGUACAAAUUCUGUUGAAGAGCCUGAGUUCACUCAAACAACGAAGAGAACAAUCAAGCGAACCACUCUCAUUCGACAAAGAUGAUGAGGAUGCCUUAAAUUUAGUCACUAGCGCCUCCAAUCUGAGAGCUUUCAAUUUUCACAUUCCUCCUAGCUCUCGAUUCGACAUCAAGUCCAUGGCCGGAAACAUUGUACCAGCCAUUGCUACAACCAAUGCAAUUAUCGCUGGUCUUCUGGUGUGUGAAGCCUUUAAAGUAAUGAAGAGUAUUCAUAUGAACCAGGGAAAGGAAAGCUCUGUCAAUCAUGUCACUGAAUGUCUACAAACAGAUUGUUUGGCAAAAACUGUGGUGAAGGGAAGAAAGAACACAAUUAUUCUUCCUGUCAGCAUGGGUCCACCAAACAAGAAGUGUUUUGUGUGCUCUUCAAAUUCUGUUACCGUGUUUGUGAACUGUGACAAGAUGAGCUUGGAGAGAUUUGUUCAGGAUGUUUUACAAAACAAAUUAGCCCUCAAAGAGCCGUCCGUGUUGUCAAAUGAUGAUCUUAUCUAUGAGUGUGGAGAAGAAUUGGAGCAAGAUCAAAUAGAAUUGAUACAAAAACGGCAAAAGGAAAUGUUGAAAGACACUGGUAUUGUGGACGGAUCAGAGCUCAUUGUUGAAGAUUUCUCUCAAGACAUUAGUUGGAAAGUGAUUGUGAAACACAUGCCCGACAUUGAGGUUGAGGAAUUUUAUGUGGAGGGAGAUGAACCACCAAAAGCAGCAACACAAGAAAACCAUAUUCCAUCCAGCAGUGGAGUUGUCAACAAUCUCGAUAAUGUUGUCAUGAAUAUUGAUGACGGUGACGAUGGCUGUGUUUGCGUUACAGAUCAGCAAGAAGAACGUAAACGAUUGGAUGAGAGAAGAAAUGAGCUCAAGAGAAAAAGAGCUGAAGUUGAGAACAAUCUCUCCGAAGACACAAAUCCUCUCAAAGAAAAGAAACAAGAAGAUGAAGUCAUUCUAUUGGAUGAUUAA